AUGCUCCAGACGCGCUCUGCGGUCUUGCUCGCGGUGUUGGUGGCGGCCGCUACGGCGGCGCCGGCGGAGGACGCGGCGCUCUACUCCAGCAAGUACGACAGCGUCGACCUGGACAAGGUGCUGGCCAGCGACCGCCUGCUCAACAGCUACUUCCAGUGCCUCAUCUCCGACGCCGACGACCGCUGCACCGCGGACGCCAAGUAUCUCAAAGAGGUAAUACCGGACGCACUCACCAAUGAAUGUAAUCGGUGCCGUCCGAACCAAAAGGAAGGAGCCGAGAAGGUCAUAAAGUUCCUUAUUAACAACAAACCAGACAUGUGGGAGAAACUGGAGGCGAAGUACGACCCACAGGGGGUAUACAAGAAGAGGUACCAGAACGAGUUUGAGAGAGUCAAGGGGGGGAAGGACCAGGAGCCGUACUCCAGCAAGUACGACAAUGUGAACCUGGACGAGGUGCUGGCCAGCGAGCGACUCCUCAACAGCUACUUCGAGUGCCUCAUCGCCGACACAGAAGAGCGCUGCACGGCGGAUGCCAAGUACCUCAAGGAAGUGAUACCGGACGCACUGACCAACGGCUGCAGCCGCUGUCGCCCAAACCAACGUGAGGGAGCCGACAAGGUGAUCAAGUUCCUUAUCAAGAACAAACCGGACAUGUGGAACAAACUGGAGGCCAAGUAUGAUCCCGAGGGCGUGUACAGGAAGAAGUACCAGAAGGAGUACGAGAUGGCCAAAGGAGAGGGGAACAACGAACCGUACUCGAGCAAGUACGACAACGUCAACCUGGACGAGGUUCUGGCGAGCGAGCGUCUCCUCAACAGCUACUUCGAGUGCCUCAUGGCCAGCACUGAGGACCGCUGCACUGCGGACGCCAAGUACCUCAAGGAGGUCAUCCCAGAUGCGCUCACAAACGGGUGCAGCCGAUGCAAGCCUAACCAGCGUGAGGGUGCCGAGAAAGUGAUCCGGUUCCUCGUGAAGAACAAGCCAGACAUGUGGAACAAAUUGGAAGCCAAGUACGACCCUGAAGGCAUCUACAAGAAGAGUUACCAGAGUGAAUACGAGAGGGUCAAGAGCGGAAAGGACGAGGAGCCGUACUCCAGCAAGUACGACAACGUGAACCUGGACGAGGUGCUGGCCAGCGAGCGACUCCUCAACAGCUACUUCGAGUGCCUCAUCGCCAACACAGAAGAGCGCUGCACCGCAGACGCCAAGUACCUCAAGGAGGUCAUCCCAGAUGCUCUGACGAACGGAUGCAGUCGCUGCCGCCCCAACCAGAGAGACGGUGCCGACAAGGUCAUCAGAUUCCUCAUCAAGAACAAGCCGGAUAUGUGGAAGAAACUGGAGGCCAAGUAUGACCCCGAGGGUGUGUACGGGAAGAAGUACCAGAGCGAGUACGAGAGGGUCAAGCGGGGGGAGGCAGCCAUUGAGAGGAGCAAGACUGGCCAGGGCAAUGAGCCUUACUCCAGCAAGUACGACAACGUCAAUGUGGACGAGGUGCUGAAGAGCGACCGCCUCCUCAGCAACUACUUCCAGUGCCUCAUGGACGAAAACGAAGAACGCUGCACUGCUGACGCUAAGUACCUCAAGGAAGUCAUCCCUGACGCUUUGAACAACGGCUGCAGUCGCUGUCGUCCAAACCAGCGGGAAGGAGCCGAGAAAGUGAUCAAAUAUCUGAUGAAGAACAAGCCCGAUAUGUGGAACAAGUUGGAGGCCAAGUACGACCCCGACGGUACGUACAGGAAGAAGUACCAGAACGAGUACGACAUGGCAAAGAGCGGCCAGGACAACGAACCGUACUCCAGCAAAUACGACAAUGUGAACCUGGACGAGGUACUGGCCAGCGAGCGACUCCUCAACAACUACUUCGAGUGUCUAAUGGCAGACACGGAUGACCGCUGCACAGCCGACGCCAAGUACCUCAAAGAGGUCAUUCCUGACGCUUUAAGCAACGGCUGCAGUCGCUGUCGUCCAAACCAGCGGGAAGGAGCCGAGAAAGUGAUCAAACAUCUGAUGAAGAACAAGCCUGAUAUGUGGAACAAGUUGGAGGCCAAGUACGACCCCGACGGCACGUACAGGAAGAAGUACCAGAACGAGUACGACAUGGCAAAGAGCGGCCAGGACAACGAGCCGUACUCCAGCAAGUACGACAACGUCAACCUGGACGAGGUACUGGCCAGCGAGCGACUCCUCAACAACUACUUCGAGUGUCUCAUCGCUGACACAGACGACCGCUGCACAGCCGAAGCCAAGUACCUCAAGGAGGUCAUCCCGGACGCGCUGAAGAACGGUUGCAGCCGCUGUCGGCCGAACCAGAGGGAGGGAGCCGAGAAGGUGAUCAAGCACCUCAUCAACAAGAAGCCCGACAUGUGGAACCAGCUGGAGGCCAAGUACGACCCCGAGGGCGUUUAUGGGAAGAAGUACCAGGGCGACUACGAGAGGGUGAAGGGCCAGAAGGAGGCCGAUAUGUACUCCAGCAAGUACGACAACGUCAACUUGGAUGAGGUGCUGCGCAGCGACCGCCUGCUUGACAGCUACUUCCGCUGCCUUAUCGAAAACACCGAGGAUCACUGCACCGCCGACGCCAAGUACCUCAAGGAGGUCAUCCCAGACGCACUGACGAAUGGCUGCAACCGAUGCCGACCAAAUCAACGGGAUGGCGCCGAAAAGGUCAUCAGACACCUCAUCAAGAACAAACCCGCCAUGUGGAACGAACUUGAAGCUAAAUACGACCCAGAGGGCAUCUACAGAACCAAAUACCAGAGCGACUAUGAAAGGGUGAAAGUCUAG